UCUAGGAGAAUUAUACUGUCAGGGAUGAGAGAGAAAGCUAUCCAAAAAAUGAUGAGAGAGAAAGCGGAGAGGGAGAGCGGCUAGAGAUUCCGAGAGGGAGAAUGCUUUGGGUUGGGAGGGGCAUAUGCUUUUUUCUCUUGAUUGCAGGUACAGGCAUCAGUGUGUGUCGGGAGUCGGGACGACGGUGGAUCUUCGAAUGGAUGUCAGUUGGCAUAUCAUAUGGGGUCUAGGCUCGUCACGAUUAGUAAAUGCUUCUUUUGUGGGGAACUUGGUUACAGGUUACAGAUCAAAGAUAAGAGCAAGCAAUGGUUUGUUGUCAAGGAUGCCCGUCAACUUGCGUGGCUCCAAGGAGUGCGACAAAUAGUGGCAAUGAAAAAAUGGAGGUUUCCGGCUGGGGGUUUGAAAAGGAGCGGAUCGCGAGCGAUUCACGUAGGGGUUAAGCUAUAUAAGCAGAGCAAGUAUCUGCAAAUCGUCGAGCAGGGUUCCAAAAGGAAAACCUUCAAAGUCCUCAUCCCUACGACUGGCGAACCUCAACGUUAGGCAGGCAUUAUUUUCUCCUCCGGGAUUUCUACCGCCAUGAGCAUCAUCUUCGGAUUAAUGAUAUGGUGGGUUUUAGCUUGGAUGAUGAGAUCCUCGCGGCUCCUUGUUUAUCGGAGCCCUCCGCGACCUCCAGGUCUUACGCUAAUGUUGUUAAAGGAGGAGGCUUCUGUGGUGCAGGUAGAUGCAACAUUGUUAAAGACUCUAGAGGUGGUUUUGUUCAAGUUGGUACGGAGGGAGUCAAAGAAAGGACUCUUACACUGGAUCGCAGCCUGGUUAUCGGCUUCAUCCCUUCAUCUUCUAUUGUUUUCAUUAGUGAUCAGGUAGGUGAGUUCAGAAGGUUUGCGGAGCAUAAUUGGGGCAUUGACAUUAAUUACGGCUUAGAAGAUCUGAAAGAUGGUAGAUGGCUUUUGUUGUGUCCAAGACUGAGUGAAUUGUUGUGUCCAAGUCUGAUUGACGUUGCUUCUUUUGUUCAGCCUUAAUUGGUUUAUGUUUUUACAAUUUAGGCAGUGUUGUUAGAACUAUGAGAUGUUUGUUAUCAUGUCUUUUUGAUAUGAUCUUCUGAUCAAUUGGACUUAAAUAAAAUUAUAGAUGAAUUUUUGGAAAUAAAAAUUUACUCAUAAAAUUAAGUUGAUUCCGACAUGCAGAAUGAAAUACAUUUAUAUAUAUUUUUUAGAGGAAAUUUUUGGACCAUUAAAAAAUGUAGUCAUGAUUAGGUAUAUAUGCACGAUGGAUGAUGGUUCAACUUAUUCUCUUUUGGUACAACUAUGGAACGAAACCGUCUUAUCAUGAAUGACAUAGCAUAGUACAUCACGCGUAAAUCGUAAUAGCGAACCUAAAAGUUGUGACCAGGGGUGUAAUUACAUGCACCCAUGUUUUUACUAUCUGUAUUUGGGAAAUUAUAAUUCGAAAGGAAAUGAACUCAUGAAGUAGCCCAAUGCAUGUUAGAGAUUUCAUAGGAUAGAGAUCCCAAAAAGAAAAGAUUGGAUGCUCUCCCUCAAUAUCGGAUAAAGAAGGGAGCUAGCUAUCCUUUUUCAUUUCUUUUCUGCUACUAUUUGGAAAGAAGGAGGAAAUUUUUGGGCACUUAAAACUUAAAAGGAGGGUUGUAAAAACCUUUGCAGGAAAAACACCUUUCCAUUCUACAUGAGAGCACUUUAAGCUCAACAAAACCCAAGAAGAGAGUGUUGCUCCUUUUAACAACCUCAAAAGCAAAGUUGGGGUAUGCAUGCAUGUGGUGUGGGUCACGUCACGUGCCUGGCAUGUGGGAUGCGUUUACUAGUAGUGGUCCUUUUUUGAUGAUGGACCUGCUUGGAAGACACCACAGAAUUUGACCAAUGUAGUUGAACUCUUUGAUUUUGCCCCAUUAUUUUGUUAUAUAUAUAUAUAUAAGGAUUAGAUUAGGUGGAUGUUAUCCAUUUGUCUUAUUUUAAAUCGUCCCAAACAGUUCUAUAGAUGGGAAACUUUAAUUUGUUUUGUUUUAAUAUCUCUGUUUUCAGCAAAGCAUCUGAUCCAAAUGUCCCAUAAUGCACCAAAUAUAGUACCCAUUUUCACUAGAAUACUUCAUCCAUUAUGAGCUAGACCAACCUGAUUUUGGUUGAUUUGGAUGAAGAAUUGUGCAUGCCAUGCAUUCUGAAAAAUAAUUACCGUAUAAUAAAAUUUCUCCAUAUCUUCUUCCAAAAUUUUGGAUUUUUUUUUUCAAAAUUGGAUACAUAUCUCAUCUUUCAUUCAAAAUCAAACAUGAUUUAAAAAUCUCUUGAGAGUUGUAAAAAAAUCACUGACGAAAUACAUAAUCAGAAAAUGAAAUAUUAUCAAACAAAAAACAAGUGCACUUUUUGGAUUAGUCCAGUGAUAAUAGCACUAACUUUGAAUCUGGAGGUCACAAAUUCAAAUCUCUGAAGUAGUACCUAAUCACAAAAAAUAAAUCUAUAUCAUAUUUUUCUAUAAGAAAACCAACAAAUCCACUCAACUAACAAGGAAAUCGGUACACAUAUUCCCCUCUCGACAGAUAUGAAAAAUCUUUCACUUCCCAAUGACAAAUAAAACAACAUUCGGAAACGAUGGAUGGAUGAUGGUUGUGUGUUGAUGAUCCAAUUGAUAGCAAUGACAAAUUGAAUUAACAAAAUCUAUUAUGAAAUCCAUCAAACAAACAAUGGUGUUUAUCAAAUCCAUAAUAAACUCAAAAUUCUCAU